AUCAUACUACGAUUGUUUGCGAUUCACCCUACUUGUAGUUUUGAUUUCGGAGGCAUUGAGGUUAAUUUUCCGAAAACAACAUUUGUAUAUUUAACAAUCUCUACUUUUUCUCGCUAACAAUGGUGCUGAAAAAUGUAGCAUCGGUAAUAUUAUUCAUCAGUAUUAUACUCGUUGUAACUGAGUGUCAUCAGAAGUAUUCGAAAGAUGCUAAUUUUCCAAGUACUCAAGAUUCUUCUCCAAAAUUCGAUGGUCCUGGGGAAGAUUUGCGGCCAAUUUCCUUGAAGCAUUUGGACAGGCCUUUUAGAAUGGCAAAAUUAAAUUUGUUGUGGUCCAAAGCUGUCCAUCGUCUCUCGGAUGCAAAGAUUCAAUCGCUUUUUGGGGAAUUGAAACUGCAUGAUAAAGAAGAAAUAACUUGGAAACAUUUACGCGCUGAGGGUAAAGACAAGGAUGGUUUAAAAGAAGCUCAGCUGAGGGAUAAACUGAAGACUAUAAUGACAAAUUAUGGAUUUUUAGACCAGAUUGAUGAUGUCAAUGAUGAUCGGAAAGUUUAUCCGUUUAAGGCGCUCAAUGAGGCAUCAGACAAGCACAUUAACAGGAGCAUUUUUAAAGAUAAAAAAUUGAACAAACUUUGGGAAAAAGCAACAAUUGCAGGUUUUAGUAAAGAUGAACUUGACGCACUUCAAGAAGAAUUCACUCAUCAUCAAGAUAAAAUUGAUCAAUAUUAUGCUUUGUUGCAUAGAGUUAAGGGUGACCCCAAAGAUCAAGUUCAAGAGAGAGAACAAAAUUCUCUUGACGAAUCUUUGGAUAAAUAUAAUGCAAUAGAAAUAUUAGAAGAGAAAGAACCCAAUAAGGAUCAUUUAGAUCAUGUUAAUCUUAUUAGAGAACACCACAAGCAAAUCAAGGAAGGUUUCGAUCAUCUAGAUAAGUUGUCUGGUUCGGGACCCGCUAGCAAAGAAUUUGUAGAACCAAAAGUGCAAGGAUUGUGGAGAAUUGCUGUUCAAAGUAAUUUUUCAACUGCGGAGCUUCAGUCAUUAAAGUCGGAGCUAUUCCAUUAUGAAAACAGAUUACUGAAAUUGAGACACAUGCAAGUGGAGCACGCCUUAAAUGAAGCCAAGUACAACAAAAAGCAAAAGUUUUCUGGAGAAAAGUCUAACGGACAAAAAAUGAUGGAGGACAAUAUCAAGAAGCAAGCCAGAAAGGUGGAUAAAAUACAUCUAGAUAUCGAAACGAAGAUUAUGCAACGACACAUCGAAUUGUAAGCUUAGUUUCUUAGCGUGUAUGUUAACGAGUCGGCAAUCUCAUUUGGAUAUUAGCAGUUAUUUACCUGAGGGUUUAGCACGUGAAGCCAAAAUAUGAGUUUUUCAUCAGCAAUACAUCAUCAGCAAUUUUCUGAAAUCGACACCAUAGGCUAAUUCUGGAAAGUUGUUAGACUUGAUUUAUCGAGUUUUGAUGUACCUACUUACGAACUAAAAGGCAUAACAUUGACAUCCUGCCGGGUCUUACUUCGAAUAUUUUGAAGUUGUUAUGUACUUUUAGUUGUUAUACACUAUCUGCUAUAGGAAAAACUUUUAGCAAAUUAAUUUCCAGUUUUUGCAUUGAAAUUAUCGUGAUUAUUAGCAAAUAAUUGUCUGAUGAAGUACACUCUCUUCUCGUUGCUAAAUGACCUCAGUUGUGUUGCCAAAGCUUUCAUUGAUGUAAUUAACCAAUACAAUAAUACUAAAAUUUGGAUAUAAGAUCACUUAUUUUGAUAACUGAUUAAUUAAGUUAUGCUAAAAUAAAAUAGUGUUUUGAUUUAAAAAAAUAUGUAUUAACAACUAAGGAAAGUGUCUAGGCAUCUAUACGAAGAGCAAUGGUAAAUAUCUAAUAAUGAAUUGUGCAAUCAAGUAAUACAUUAGUUUUCAGAAAUCAUUGUUUAUAAAAUAUUUAAUUUUUAAUAAUGCCAUAAAGUAAAUAUAUUUUAAAUGUUUGA